UUAAGAUGGAUUUUUCGAGCAAUGAAAGUAUAUAUAAAGAAGUACUAAAAGCGCGUGAAAGGAUAAAAGGACACGUCUGGAGAACCCCUCUGGAAUUUUCUGAUUAUUUAUCAAAAGAAACAGGAGUGAAUGUGUAUUUGAAAUACGAGUCCGAUCAAGUCAGCGGCACAAUAAAAGCGAGGGGAGCUUUCAAUACUGUGCUCAAGAUGUCCGAAAGCAACGGGGAAGAGAAAAAAGAUAUAUGCCCAAAAAAAUUCGUUGCUGCCUCUACUGGAAAUCAUGGAAUAGCUUUGCUGUACGCUCUCAAAUCUAGUCAAGAUAAGUGCGUCGUUUACGUCCCAACUAGCACAGCACAGGUGAAGCUUGAUCACCUGCAACGACUUGGCGCUGAAAUUAAGAUGAAAGGGAGCGACAUGACAGUAACGAUGGAAUUAGCGGAACAGGCGGCAAAGAAAGAAGGUUGCAUAUAUGUCUCCCCCUGUAAAAACCCGGAUGUGAUUGCCGGACAAGGCACAAUCGCGUACGAAAUUUUCCGAGAUCUACCGAACGUUGAUGCCAUAUUCGUGUACGUCGGAGGUGGUGGAAUGAUCAGCGGAAUAUCUUCUUACGCGAAACACGUUCAUUCGAAAAUUCAGAUUGUGGGAUGCGGCCCAAAACAUUCAAAUGGAAUGGAAGAAUCAAUCAAGGCUGGAAAACCAAUUGACAUCGAAAUCAAGCCGUCGCUUUCAAUAACAGGUAACAUCGGUCUUGACAGCGUAACUUUUCCAAUUUGUCAACGUAACGUUGAUCGCUGGGUGAACGUUACUGAGGAUGAGAUUGCUGAUGCCAUGUAUUUGAUGUUGGAUGUACACCAUAAGGCUGUCGAGGGAGCAGCGGGGUGUGUUCUGGCAUCCUUUCUCAAGGUCAAAAACGAUUUCAAAGGUCAAAAUGUUGCUAUUGUCAUAUGCGGAAGUAACGUUAGUCCAAAUAUUUUGAAGAAAGUCAUCGACAAGCAUACAUGAAGGAUUCUUUGAAGAGGCAAUAAUCAGUAAUUUAUUUUUUCACCAUGCCGAAAGUGCACACUCACAAAUUAUAAUAAAUUAUGUAUGAAAAAAUAGCAUUCCAGGGUGAAGGGGGACACACGGGAAACCAAAAAAAUGGUUAUCGAGCACUGAGCAGUGGUACCCAAAAUAGUCUAACAGAACAUGAAGAAAAAGUCGAACAAGAUUACAACCGUAUAUGUAUAAAAUACCAAUAGCUAUCAACACGUUAGGAAGUGGGAAUUUUUCUAUGUUUGAUUAUAUUACCAUGCGUUUUUUGUACUUUCUAUUUUAAAGAUUAGGAUUUUCAGUGGAUCUGUCGGAU